AUGAUGCUUCCUUCGUCUUCACCAUUGUUAGCUGGUCAACUUCAAAAAACUCCUGUGAAUACCACUCCUAGCAAGGUUGCUUUAUCGCCUUCUAAAUCCCUUUCAGAAAGAGAUUUGUCUUGUAGUACAGACAUCAAUACUUCGAAACAAGAGUCAAGAUUGCAAAGAGAGGUUGGGUUCCUAAGUGUUCAAGGAAUGACGCUCAACAAGAGUGAUUGUAGUGCAUGGUCAAGUCAUGAUAUUCACAAAUUGCUAACCACACCAAAAACAAGUGGUGGAAUUGGUCUCGUUGCAGAACAAAUUGUUGGCGUUACACUGUAUGGCAGCGAUCUUGAAACUGUUGUUGAUGCUCUCAUUCGAUUCGAAGGAGACGAUGAAGAUAAAAUCGAACAUGCUUGUGCACAGAUUUUUAUAGACGAUUUGAGCAUGCGAAUAAGGCAGCCCAUUGUGAGAUGGAUCUUGCAAAAUUUACUGAAAAGGAUGUGA